UCUUUUCCUGGUUGUUUUAUGAGUCUAUGUCGUGCUGUACAGGACAGCAUUUUAGGGUGGGACACUAGCGCACCCUACCAAAUACGAAACAAACUGCACCCGGGAGUGUCCUCGCCGAAACGUCAUGCAAAUACUUCCUUCUGUAGUCAUGACUAGAACUAAUACAGCUUUUGUGAACUGGAAGUCAAAAGUUGAUUUGUUUGGCACUUUAGAUACCACAAACAUUAACCUAAUUAUCAUAACAUGCCACUUUAUCAUUACCUGCAGUGUAGAUUGUCCAAACCUACCAAGAAAAGUACCACUUGACAGAACUGGUAUCCGUUUUUGUCAAAACCCGGUUUGGUGGGAGAGUAAAAAGAUGGCGCCCACUCAUAUACUGAGAUGCUGUCAACGGGGCUUAGCUUGGAUACCUGUGAUUUUUAUCGCCCUAGUCGUAUGUUGGUCUUAUUAUGCUUACGUCGUUGAGCUAUGCAUUUACACCAUCCCCAGCAUAGGAGAAAAGAUCAUCUACAUGAUGUCCUUCCACCUGUCCUUCGUUAUGUUUGUGUGGUCCUACUGGAAGACCAUCUUCACUAGGCCCGCCAAGCCCUCCAAAGAGUUCUGCCUGGCCAAAGCCGAGAAGGAGCAGUACGUGAGGGAGGAGAGACCAGAGACUCAGCAGGAGAUCCUGUGGAGGGCCGCUACUAAUCUACCCCUAUACACCCGUACCGGUGCUGGAGCCAUCCGCUACUGUGACCGAUGUCAGGUGAUCAAACCAGACCGCUGCCACCACUGUUCUGCCUGCGACAUGUGUGUGUUGAAGAUGGAUCAUCAUUGCCCCUGGGUGAACAACUGUGUGGGAUUCUCCAACUACAAGUUCUUCAUUCUGUUCCUGUGCUACUCUCUGAUCUACUGUUUGUUCAUCGCAGCCACCGUUCUUCAGUAUUUUAUAAAGUUCUGGACACUUUGCCGGAGGAAAUCGGCAGAGCACUGCCCCAAGAAUGAACUCCCAGACACUCACGCCAAAUUCCAUGUCUUGUUUCUGUUUUUUGUGGCGGCCAUGUUCUGUAUCAGCAUUCUCUCCCUCUUCAGCUACCACCUGUGGCUCGUGGGAAAGAACAGGUCCACCAUAGAGGCGUUCAGAGCUCCCGUGUUCAGGACAGGUUCUGAUAAGAACGGUUUCUCUCUGGGCUUCCGGAAGAACAUUGCCCAGGUGUUUGGAGACCAGAAGAAGUUGUGGCUGCUUCCCAUCUUCACCAGUCAGGGAGACGGACAGACCUUCCCAGCACGGCUAGUCAGCGUUGACCCAGAACAGCCCACGGUCAGCCUGCAGCCAGAGGCCAAUAAAAUUACUGGCGAUGGACAAACCUGUCCGCUCACCGAGUCUCAGAACCAUCUCCAGGUCAACGAGCAACAGGACAACCACGUGGCCAAACCCCAGGAAUGUGACCCCAUGCGGUCCGCUGAGACUGUCACGAUCUCCAUGGAGACAGAGUCAUUGCGAGGAGAAGAAACCAGCCAUCUGAUAUGAUGCCUUAAGUCAUGCAACGAUUUAGGUUUGUCACCAUGGAAACAGCCUCCCAACCCAUCCCUGUAUCCAUGGAAACGGCCCACUCAACAUAACCACAGAAAUGCGCUCCUUUCACUGAUCGCCAUGGAAACUGCCGCCUUGUCCUUCAAUCGUUAGCGAGUUACACUCUCUCACACACACACACACACACACACACACACACACACGCAUGCAGAAACAGAGGGACAUGCACAGCCUGCUCUUAAUGGACUGAAACCCCAGGUGUUUCACCAGGAGUGGUGGUGGAUCUCCAUAUCACAUGAUGACGACAGUGAUGAUUAUUAUGGCAGAAACAGUAGCUGAUAUUCACACCGCUGAAUAGUGACUGCCUAUGCCAAAAUCUGACUGAUUGCCUGGGUGUUACUGGGACCGGAGCUAGAAGAAUCUACUGGGAGAAAAGUGAUUUUUUUCACUCAGUCUUUAUUAAAUGGAGCAAGAUAUGUAUAUCACCAGGACUGAUAAAGGUGUAUGGGAAACAUAUAUUUUUUUGUUUAUGCAUAAUAUAGUGGAGUGUUUUGGUGGUACAAUUAAAAGACAUGAAGAGGGGUGCCAAAAAAAAACAACCUGGACUGAAACGAGAUGGCCAAAUGGAUCGGGUUCUGGAGAAAACCGAUGACGUGGAAUGGAUGGACUCCAAACGGUUCUGAUAAUGUCAUAGCACAAGAUGGCGCUUUUGCACUUAUGUUAUAAUGUCCAUUGUGUGUGUGCGUGUGCGUGCGUGUGUGUGCGUGCGUGCGCGUGUGUGCGCGUGUGGUGCUGGAUUUAACAGGAUCAGCUUUUCAUGUUAGGUAAUGGGUGUGGAACUGUGGACACCAUUUACUUUAAUGCACUCGAGAGAGUUAAGAUUAAUUCACAAGUUACUUGUUGACCCCGACGGUCUUUUCCUGAGGGUACAUCAUUGCCUCAAGCCUCAGCCUGUUGACUGACGAUUGUUUAACGUUUCACCCGCAACCUUGAACAUCACCUUUUGUGAGAGGCCAAGUCUCAAAUGAAACCAUGCCUCUCCAUCUGGUGCACUUGUUUUGAACAUGGCUAGGUCUAGUAGUUGAAUUAGUGGGGAUAGGGUGUGAUUUAGGGUCAGCCUUAGGUCGCCGUUCUUUUGCCAAAUAUAAAGGGGCUGACCAAUCGGCUGCUCUGUCUUCUGAUCUGGGAGUGUUUACAACAAGCUGAUUGGCUGAUAGCCGUUCCAAUGCUGUAAUUGUGUUGGUAACCAGUUUUUAGUCGCAGUAAGACACCUCGGGGUUUGUGGAAUAUGGCCAAUAAGCCCUGCGUCGUGUUGAAGAGCAGCUCUUAGGCGUGGUAUAUCGGCCAUGUAGCACGCCCCCUCGUGCCUUGUUGCUUAAUCGUAGACCAUAGAAUGGGAAUGUCUGUCUAGCGUUCAAGUCAUUCUGACGAUAUGCUCGAUACCUCUACUCUCACAUCGUUGAUGAGUGACAUGGAAACCAAAUAAAUCCUCUCGUCGUUGUGACUUGAUGCUUUUAAGGUUGACCAGUGGGUGCCGUGUCCUCAAUGCCGGGGGGGCCACCCUGCAGUACUUUCUCUGACCAGCAGAUGGGGGCAACUCGACUGUCGAGCAACCCUUUUGUACAGUGCUCCUUCCCUCCAAAACGAGGUGCCUCCCAGUUUGGGUCUUGCGUGGACCAGUAUGUAUUAUAUGCGAUGAGAUUUCCUGUGGAUUUUGACGGCCUCUGCGGUUGGGAAAUGUAAGUGAUGGGGCCUGGAAGAACUUACCAGCUGGGCAGGGAUUCCAUAAAAUGGUUUCGGUUCCACUGAAACCCAUUACAAAACCAUUUUUUAUUUUAUCCCCUGUUGAAGGUCAAGGUUUUAAAUGUGUUGAUAUUGAACGAUAACCUCCCGUGCAGUGUGUCUGUGGUUGGCCCGUGUGUAUCUGAGUAUUGUUGCUUUUAUUCUGAAUGUAUUAAACAGAGGUUGAAAGGA